AAACGUUUUCAGGUCAUAACAAUUCAUUGGAAUCAAUUGCGGAAAAAGUCUGAUAAGUUGUCAGAUAUUCCGUAGCUUAGGGAAUACCCUAAAUAAUAAAAUAAAUCGUUGAGUGAUGCCAGACCGAUUAAGUGCUCUGUGGUAUAUUUUCCAACUUCCACUACGGUCACUCAGUGUUCCCUUCUUCAAAAAUAUUUACAAAAAAAUUGUGGAACUCCGUUAUUUAGGGAACUCGCCAGUUUUUUUUGGACUUCCAAAACCUUCUAGGAUCGGGAAUGAUAAGAGGGCCAAGCAGAACUGAUUGAGAUUGAGGGAAACUGGCGAAAUCGCCACCAACGUGUUGUUUGCCCACGAGGGGCACAAAUUUACCAACAGGAUGAAGGAUGCCCCAGCAACGGAUCCGGAACCCAGCAGCACUGAAGGACAUUGCUCCGUCGAAUAUGACAAUCGUGAGGAUCAGAAUCCGAAUCCGGUAGAGGCUGAGCGAGAGGCGGAAGCCGACGGCGCCAAUUGCACCAUUUGUGGUGCCGCGAAGGCCUCGGCACUUUUGGAUCUGCGCUCCAAUCAUGAAAUGCAUCGUCGCCUGAGUCGCGACUGGAAGAUCCAUGCCGAUGUAAUCCGCUCCACCUUGAAGGCCAUUUGCGUGGAGUGUGUUUGCAAGCUGAAAAUGCACUCAGAGGUCACUCGGUCCUUGAUGCAACGGAUGCAGCGAUUGCAGCGUUCCGGAGGAGACUCUACCACGGUGACAACCACUACGACUUCGCCCACCCAGGACAGUCCGCCCAUUGCGGAUGCGGAAGUGUCCACCACUCUGAUAGAGAGCCAGGAAGAGGUGCUUGAAAAGAAACGGAGCAUUCGCAGCUCACGUUCAUCCUGCUCCGUGCUGGAAGUCUACUUAGCUCAGCAACCGUAUUCACCAUCGGCCAAGGAGUCGGAAGUGAAGCAGGCGGAGGGUUGGAAAUGGCGAACACGUCUGGAGUGCCAGGAAUGUGGGCGGGCCUAUUUCCGGCGAGAUUAUUACGCCCAGCACUUGCGACGAUGCUCAAGAACGCGCAGGACUCAGCCCCGUCCGCCGCGCGCCAAGUGUCGAGUGCUAAACGAGGCCAGCUAUGACAGAGAGGCCUCGUCCAAAGUCAACCGCUCCUCCCGCAUCUUCUAUUGCCGGCAUUGCGACGAUGAGUUCGACUCGAUGGCCAGUAAAAGGCAACACGAGCGUCUGAAGCAUAAACAGCGGUAUCCCUGCGAUCUGUGCGAUGCCCAGUUGGACACCAAGUACGAGUGGGAGCUGCACCACACCAUCUGCCAAGCCAAGCAGGAGGCUUUGAAAAUCCUUGAGCUGGAGGAAUCGGGGCAAGUUGUGCAGUCUUCACUGACGCCAAGGGCACGCUCCAUGCGCUCCCGCUCAAGAGCUUGCUCGGAAGCCUGGGAUAAGUACAAUAUGGAUGACGAGGAGGAAGACGAUGAACAUAGCGAUGAGGAGGAGCGAGAAGACGGCGAGGACGACCAGGAAGACGCCAUGUACACACGCCGCAUGAACUUCACUGGUGACUGGAUUGUAAACCACAGCCGGAGCAAUAGUAACAGUGCCGGGAAUCUUUCCCUUCUGUAUGAUGACUUCGGAUUGGUGGAAACGCACAUGACCACCGAUAAGGAGUACGACCUGUACCUACUUGACCUGCUCAAAACGCAGGUGCGACUGAAAGCAUUCUCGUGCUUUACGCCGGCCUGUGGCUAUCAAACGGACACUCUGGUGGCGCUAAUGAAGCACGAUUACAUGGAGCACUGGAAGAUGAGUUGGUUCUACUGUCACAAAUGCGGCGAUGUCUUUACAAGCAAGGUCUUCCUAGACUACCAUUUGCAUCUCCAGAACCGCGGCCUCUACAUCUGCCACAAGUGCCGCGAUGAGUUUGACUUGCAGCACCAGUUGGACCGCCACUUUCAGCUCCACAAAAAAGGGAUUAACUACCACUGUAAUUUCUGCCGGUUGGAGUUUCUUAGCGAGGCCAAGCUGCUAGCCCACUGCAAACUACGAGGUCAUAGUCCCAACGAUGAACCCCUGAUCAGCAUUGACCGGUCCCUCUCAAUCGUCAACUGCCAUGGGUCGCAACCAGUGGACUAUUCCCGGAUAUCCAAGACGUAUGAGGAGCGAGAGUUCUAUAUUCCCAGGGUUUCGAGGGUGAAUACGAUGCAUCCUAUUAAUUUGCCCAAACAUAAACCCUUCCGCUUUGCUAUCGGAAUCUGCGAGUUCGACGAACGGAAUCCGAACUGCGUCGGAUGUCACUGAAUUCGAGCCAGUCAUGGGCUUUGUUCUUUGCCUGCAAUACUGACGAUUAGAUAAUUUUAUCUAGCACCUUAGUAUAAUUCAGAUUUGUAUUUUUUUACAAUAAAUAUUGUACCGAUGUCAGAGAAA